AUGUCGACCGUCGAGCCGCAGCUGCCACCAGUCAUGGAUGCACCAGCACCCAAUCACGGGAGCCUCGUGCCAGUCUCGACAGCAUGGCGAGGCGUAGUAUCCCCCGUCCGGCCACAUCUUGUCCCCGUUUACGUCAGGGGCAACGGACCGGAGCGUGUGUAUGUUGAGCAGUUUUCAUCGGAAUACCUGCCUUGCGGCACUGACUGCUGCUCGGGUGGUCUCCACGGCCAAGAAAGACAAUAUCUUCUCAUCAGCACCGACUGGGUCAGCUUGGAGGCCCUAGAGUACCACGGCUUCAAGUACAAAGUCGCGUGGCAGCAUUGCCUCUGUCUCAAUCCGGACCUGAGAUACCUCCCGCGCGCCGCCUCGCCUGCAGCGCUCUUGUCAUCCCUGAGUUCCAUCUCACGCAGGAGUCAUCUCAUCAACCACGACGUCCAUCACCCCAGCAAGCUCAGACUGGCCAGGGGCAUCACCAUGGCGUCUGCAGACCAAGGGGGCGCGCAGAAGGCCGGUGGCGGCGGGGAUUCGGUCACGUAUGACGGCAAGGAGUACGAUGUCAUCCAGGAGGGCAUGGCGAGGAUACUUGUGCCUGGAGGCAUGGAGGAGAACAAGGACAAGAACGCCCAGCAGGUCUUCUACAACCCCAUCCAGCAAUUCAACCGCGAUCUCUCUGUGCUUGCCAUCAAGGCAUACGGCGAAGAGGUCAUUGCCAACCGCAAGGGGCAUCCCGCGGCGAAGCGCCUCGACAACAAGGAGAAGAAGAGACGACGUGGCGACGAGAACGAUGGCAACGACCGCCCUGCCAAGGUCCAAGUAUCCGAGGGCGAGGGCGAGGGCGAUGCCGAGGUGACGAUCACAAAAACCAGCGACGCAGCCGCUGCGCCUGCGCCUGCGACGGCCGCCGAGACGGAAGGCAACGGGAGUACCGAGGAGCCAAGAAAGCCCGAGCCCCAGCCUCGCUUCACCAUUCUCGAUGCGCUGUCAGCCUCGGGCCUGCGCGCUCUCCGCUACUCGCACGAGCUGCCCUUUGUCACGUCGGUGACGGCGAACGACCUGACGAAAUCGGCCGCCGAGUCGAUCCAGCUCAACGUCAAGCACAACGGCCUCGAGGACAAGAUUGUCGUCAACCACGACGAUGCCAUCGCGCACAUGUACCGGCGCAUCGCCGAUGACCUCUCCAACAGGGACAGCCGCGGACGGCCCGGCACCAAGAACAAGUACGACGUCAUCGACCUGGACCCCUACGGCACGGCGGCCCCCUUUAUCGACGCGGCGCUCCAGGCCGUGCGUGACGACGGCGGCCUGCUCUGCGUCACGUGCACCGACGGCAGCCACUGGGCGGGCCACUGCUACGCGGAGCGGAGCUUCGCGCUGUACGGUGCCGUCCCGGUCAAGGGCAUGCACUCGCACGAGGCGGGCCUGCGGCUGAUCCUGCACACGCUGGCGUCGACGGCGGCGCGCCACGGGCUGCACGUCGAGCCGCUGCUGUCGCUGUCGAUAGACUUUUACUGCCGGCUCUGGGUGCGUGUGACGAAGAGCGCCAACGCCAUCAGCUUCCUCGGCGGCAAGACCAUGGUGGCGUACCAGUGCUCGGGGUGCACGGCGUGGGAGACGCAGUCCCUGGUGCGGACGCGGCCCGAGCCCAAGAAGAAGGGCGGGCACUUUUUCAAGCACAGCCUCGCCAAGGGCCCGCCGACGGACGGCGCGUGCCGGCACUGCGGCUCGGCGCAGCACGUGGCGGGCCCCAUGUACGGCGGCGCCAUCCACGACCAGGGCUUCGUACGGCGCGUGCUCGACCUGCUGCCGACGGCGGACCCGGGCGUCUACGGCACGCUGCCGCGCAUCGAGGGCAUGCUGACGACGGCGCUCGAGGAGUACCUGCCGGGGCCGGAGCCGGCGGGGGACGUGGACGCCAAGGAGGCGGCGCUCGCGCGCGUCGACAGCAGCCCGUUCUUCGUCAUGCCGUCCAAGCUGGCGGGCGUCAUCAACGCGCAGCAGGUGCCGGACAACAUGUUCCGCGGCGCGCUCAAGCACCUCGGCUACCGCGUCACGCGCAGCCACUGCCGGCCCGGCAGCAUCAAGACGGACGCGCCGUGGGACACGAUCUGGUUCAUCAUGCGCGAGUGGGUGCGGCAGAAGGCGCCGGUCAAGACGGAGAGGAUCCGGCCGACCAUGCCGGCGUACCGACUCUUGGGGCUCGACAAGGAGGCUGCGGUGGCUGCAGAGGAAGCUGCGGUGCCUGCCGCCGACGCUGGGAUGUCUGUCGAAGACGCAGGCGAGGACACGAUCGUGACGCAGGUGGAGAGCACGGCGAGACGGUCCGACGAGGCGGCGGCGCAGGACACGCACAUGGGCGAUGCCAGCGAGGCGGCACUGACAGAGGCCGACCUCCGCAAGACGCUCGUGUUCGACGAUGCGCUCAUCAGGCUGGGCAGGGCCAGGGACAACAGGAAACUCGUGCGCUACCAGCUGAACCCGCGCGAGAACUGGGGGCCCAUGACGAGGGCCAAGGGAAAAUGA